CCCAACAUCUGACUCCAGGAUUCACCUUACAAAAGUGGAGUGAUCCCACCAGCAGAGCUUCUACAAAAAUGCUUGAAGAUGACCUAAAGCUGAGCAGUGAUGAAGAUGACCUUGAGCCUGUGAAGACACUGACCACUCAGUGCACUGCCAAUGAGCUCUACCAGGCUGUUGAAAAGGCAAAACCUAGGAAUAAUCCUGUGAAUUCACCCUUGGCCACUACCCAGCCUCCAUCCGCAGUGCAAACCAGUGGGGGUUCUGGCAGCUCCAGUGAGUCAGAGAGCAGCUCCGAGUCUGAUUCAGACACUGAAAGUAGCACCACUGACAGCGAAUCUAAUGAGGCACCUCGUGUGACCACUCCAGAGCCUGAGCCACCCUCAACCAAUAAGUGGCAGCUGGAUAAAUGGCUUAACAAAGUGACAUCCCAGAACAAAUCAUUUAUCUGUGGCCAAAAUGAAACACCCAUAGAGACCGUUUCUGUGCCUCCUCCAAUCAUCCAACCAAUGGAAGUCCAGAUCAAAGUGAAGCCAAACCCCAGCCAGGUCCUGGCUGAACCCAAAGAAAGGCCUCUCCUCAGUCUCAUUAGGGAGAAAGCCCGUCCGCGGCCCACCCAGAAAGCUCCAGAAACAAAGGCUUUGAAGCAUAAGUUGCCAUCGGCCAUUGAGACAGCUUCUCAAAGGACAAUUGGAAAAAAACAGCCCAAGAAGGUUGAGAAGAACACUAGCAUCGACGAGUUUACCUGGCCUAAACCAAAUAUUACCAGCAGCACUCCCAAAGAAAAAGAAAGCGUGGAGCUUCCUGACCCACCAAGAGGCCGUAACAAAGCCACAGCCCAUAAACCAGUCCCUAGGAAAGAGCCAAGGCCUAACAUCCCCUUGGCUACUGAGAAGAAGAAGUACAGAGGGCCUGGCAAGAUCGUGCCAAAAUCCCGGGAAUUCAUUGAAACAGAUUCUUCUACAUCUGACUCCAACACCGAUCAGGAAGAGACCCUGCAGAUCAAGGUCCUGCCUCCUUACAUUGUUUCUGGAAACAAUACUGCCAAAUCCAAGGAAACCUGUGGUACCAACCUGGCCCUUGGCACCUUAAUCAGCAGCAGCAACAACAACAACAACUUAUCCAUCAGUAAUGAGGAGCCACUUUUUUCACCUAUUCCUGUCAUGCAGAGUGAGCUUUUGUCUCCUCUACGUGAUCAUGAGAAUCCGAAAAACCUCUGGGUGAAGAUUGACCUCGACUUACUCUCUAGAGUACCUGGCCACAAUUCACUUCAAGCAGCACCUGCCAAGCCAGACCACAAGGAGACUGCCACAAAACCCAAGCGUCAGACUGCUGCUGCAGCAGCUGUGGAAAAACCAGCCCCGAAGGGCAAACGUAAGCACAAGCCAACAGAAGUUGCAGAGAAGAUUCCUGAGAAGAAGCAGCGCCUGGAGGAGCCCACGACUAUCUGCUUGCUCCCCCCUUGCAUCUCACCAGCCCCACCUCACAAGCCUACCAACGCAAGAGAAAAUAAUUCAUCCAGGAGAGCAAAUAGAAGAAAGGAAGAAAAGCUAUUUCCUCCUCCUCUUUCCCCACUGCCAGAGGACCCUCCACGUCGCAGAAAUGUCAGUGGAAAUAACGGUCUCUUCAAUCAAGACAAGAGCAUCUCCAUGACUGGACAAAUCACCUCUACCAAACCUAAGAGAAGUGAAGGCAAAUUCUGUGCUACUUUCAGAGGAAUAUCCGAGGGAGACACUCAAAAAAAGGCAACCUCUGCCAUCAUCACUGUCACCAACACUGCUAUUGCCACUGCCACUGUCACUGCUACUGCCAUUGUUACUGCCACUGUCACAGCUACCACCACUGCCACGGCCACCACUACAACCACUACCACUACUAUUUCCACCAUCACUUCUACUAUCACUACUGGCCUCAUGGAUAGCAGUCACCUGGAGAUGACAUCCUGGGCGGCUCUGCCACUUCUGUCCAGCAGCAGCAUUAACGUCCGGAGACCCAAGCUCACUUUUGAUGACUCGGUUCACAAUGCUGAUUAUUACAUGCAAGAGGCGAAGAAACUGAAACACAAAGCUGAUGCACUGUUCGAGAAAUUUGGCAAAGCCGUGAAUUAUGCCGAUGCUGCCCUCUCCUUCACCGAAUGUGGCAAUGCCAUGGAACGUGACCCUCUGGAAGCAAAGUCCCCAUACACUAUGUACUCUGAGACCGUCGAGCUCCUCAGGUAUGCAAUGAGGCUGAAGAACUUUGCAAGCCCCUUGGCUUCCGAUGGGGACAAAAAGCUAGCAGUAUUAUGUUACCGAUGUUUAUCACUUCUCUACUUGAGGAUGUUUAAGCUGAAGAAGGACCAUGCUAUGAAGUACUCCAGAUCACUGAUGGAAUAUUUUAAGCAAAAUGCUUCAAAAGUCGCUCAGCUAUCCUCUCCAUGGGUAGGCAAUGGAAAGAACACUCCAUCCCCAGUGUCUCUCAACAAUGUCUCUCCCGUCAAUGCAAUGGGGAACUGCAACAAUGGCCCAGUCACCAUCCCCCAGCGCAUUCACCACAUGGCCGCCAGCCAUGUCAACAUCACUAGCAACGUGUUGCGGGGCUAUGAACACUGGGAUAUGGCUGACAAACUGACAAGAGAAAACAAAGAAUUCUUUGGCGAUCUGGACACGCUGAUGGGGCCUCUGACCCAACACAGCAGCAUGACCAAUCUUGUCCGCUACGUUCGCCAGGGACUGUGUUGGCUGCGCAUCGACGCCCAUCUGUUGUAGUGGGUGUUCUCUCGUCUCCAGCACCACCUAUCACUCUACCUGUGUCAGCGCACCAAUGGUCACGGUGGAACACCACUCAUUGGGGAAAGUUCUCUUUGGUUAUAUUUGGUUUUAUACUUCUUUUGUUAUCUGCGAAAAACAGAAGUUAUUGUAAGUUGACACUACAACUUGAGAACGGUGUAUGUUUUAUUACUUAGUCAUUUUUUCCGGCACUUGAUAUGCAUUUCUCAAAUCUCACCACCUUUUUGUGCUUUAUGGAAUGACAGUCCCUACAGUAUUGUUUUAAGUCCACAUUACCCAAAACAAAGAAUGGGAAGCAUUUAUCACAAAGACACGCUCCUGAGAAAUGCAACAAGCCGACUUACAUGUACAUGAGAACUUUGACACAAGGGACUGUCCCCCAAGGGACUUUAUUUUUUCAUGUCCAGAAAAGAACGUAUCUCAGUAUCUAUUGUUCAACUUUUGUGGUUCCAGUAGACUCAAUCUUCAGGUGAGAAUUUUUAUUGUCAAAAUCCACUGGUUAGAUGUUGUAGCGACAUCAUAAAAUCAAGAGUCUCAAAAUAAUAAAUGAGCACAGCAAUGCCACUCUUAAAAUGAUGCUAUGCCACACAACCAGAUAACUUUCUUGUUAGCGUCCCUGUUUUGAUUCUCUUUUUUUUUUAUUUUAAUGAGAAGGAGGAGUGACAUUUAUUUCAACAACUUUAAGGCAUCGACUGACAUCAUUAUUUUUGAACUCCAUGAUUUGAAGCAUAAAUCCUCACCUAGGAUUCUCUUUGUGCAAAGCUUUCCUUUUGAGGAGCAGUUUGGUAAAUGCACAUUGGUAGCCAAAAUGCUGCACUGCAGUCUUAGAGUUGGAAGAUAAGAGUGGUCUGGAAAAUGUCUGACAAGGAAUUUACACCUCUGCCUUCUUUGCAGUUGGUGAGCAGGUCCACGAGAGGCAGGAUUUUUAAAUUGUAUUUUGCUCAAAUCUAUGGAAACAAAAGUGGUUAUCACUACCUAAAAGUAAAAAUAUACAUUUUUUCCCUAGUGGCUUUAAAAUCUGGACUUCCCCAAUUAUUAUCCCCAUUUUCUAUUGUACAGGAUUUCCUUUUUCUACUUUCUUUUUUUUUUUUUUUCUGUUUUCUGUCGUUCCUUUUUCUUCUUUUUGGCUCAUUAACUUUUGACUGAAAUACAAUCACUGAUUUUAUUAAAGUCUAUACAUUAGCUUGAAUCAUUUCCAUGAAAAUUCCAAAGAAAACUACAAACUCUCUAAGUGGGUAGCUAGCGGCUUUUGUUUUUUUUUUAAUCUGAAUCUUGGGGUAGUGCUUCACCCCGAAGUGCUUUGAAAGAGUCCUGAAGAUUGGAAGUAGUUCACUUAAUUUAGAGACAUUUCCCCAUCGGUUGUGACUACCCUCCCCUUAAGAUCCUUUGCAUUCAUUUUAUGUCCCUAAAUAUAACAAUGUAAAUAUCAUCUUUGAUAUUCCAGCUCACCAGUCUCCCACUUUUAGUAAACACUAUCCAUGUAUUACUUACUUGUAAUUACCUGCCAGUAUAUAAUUCCACGUAGCCUUUAAUCUGCUGAGUUAUUGAAUUCUGCUCACUGAGUUAUGACCAGAUAAAUAAUUGAUAUGCACAUGAAAGAUGAAAACUUGUAUGAUUAUUAAAGCAAGUCAUGCAGGUCUGGUAUAGGAACAGCAGGUGAUCACUCUGCACUCUCAUUGUUAAGGUUAGCUAUAUCCCCACUUGCAAAAGAGCCACACUUGAGCUGUGCUCUGGUCACCUUUGAGUUUAAGGCCCUUUGUUGUAUAAUAAAGUUGUGGAAGUUGUACUCCAAUGGCUGAAGCCAUGUUGUUAAUAUGGCUGAUGGGAGCAUCCCAGCAGCUGAACCCAGCACUUUUUAUGCUCCCACUGUGGUUGAGCUCUAUGUUUACAGUUUCAACAACACUUACACAUGCGCACACACAUACACACAUACAAAUGAAACCUAAAAGAAUCUUUUCUGAGCCUCUUAAAUGAGGAAUAUGAUAAUAUGAAAGACUCUGAACACCCCAGGUGGGUGUCACACAUAACAAUUAAGCUGAUGACUUUACAGUGACUCAGUUCUUUGUUUUCCAUGACUUGCCAGGUAGAGUACUUGGCUAUUACUAUGUAAUGAAAUCCAUUUGCUUGUCUUAUAAGUUCGACCUAGACCAUGAUCCUAGACCAUUAUGGAUUUAGGAGCAGAUUCUUCUUGAAAUUCAGAAACUAGACAUUUGAAUGCUAAGGGCAGUUUUCCAGGGAAACAAGCAUAUUGCCUCAUGGAUGAAAGACUUGUAGCUCUAGUUUCUGUGACUUGUUAUAUCUACUUACAUACAACAGGUAUUGCAUACAAGAGAAUUCUCUGUCAUCUCUUGUAGUUAAAUGUAAAAGGUGUGCCACUUUUUACACAGCACACUUACGAAAUCUGACAGUCGAGCUCUGGCUCACCACCUGAUACUUAGUAGACCCACUUUUAAAGUAACUUGGAAACCAAUUAAAUAUGAAGGUUGAAUUACCUUCCUAUCUCUGGAGAUGAGACAUCUUUCAGUUUCAUGAUUGGGGAUUGUUGCUGUUUUUUAGGCACUCUAUUUAUCACAUCAUAAAUGGUGAUGUGUGUAGUAGGUGCACAGUUCUUUGAGGGAUUAAGGGAUUGAGAUAUUUUGUCAAGUGAAUCUCUUCAGUGUGCCAGUUUGUGGGGGGGGAUAUGAGACACAUGGAUGGCAAUGAGAGAUCGUGCCUCUAGAGCUUGCUGGAGGCUCAGUGUGACACAUCUAAAUAAGCACGUGGAAGUAGAGGAGAGGGCAGAGUCAACAGGCAGCUCCAUCUGAGCAAUUACACCGACUGAUUUCAGCCCGGUGACUUGACCCAGGUAGGGCCACCACUAUGCCUUCAUUUGUCACCCAAGCUCCAACCACAGAGAGUUUAACAAGUCUGUGUUAUGAUGUUGGCUUGGCUUUGUAUUUUUAAUUAACUCUGGAUUUUUUAGUGGUUUUGUCAUAUUACUGUCUGAGUUUGGUAGGUAGGAUUAAUUUGAAAAGAGUUUACUAGUGUGGUCCUCCGGGUAGAAUUUAGCUGUAAGCAUGUUGUUAGCCAGCCUGUAGACUGUUAAUUACUUAAUAAUCUCAUUGGGAAAAUACUAGUAGUUUUAUAUUUGGAUGACAUAAUUGGAAAAGCAGAUUAGCUGCUGCUACUUUUAAAAGACUUGAGGUUGGGAUGCCUUUUUUUCCUGUGUAAUGAAAUUAAAAGAUCCAAAUCUUCAGGCAGUAACCAAGUUGCAAAAUUAGAUACCAUUGGGUAAAAUGUGUUUUGUUGUGUUUCCAAAUGGAUGGGUUUUCAUUUGGACAUUGCCUCGCAAAACACAUUGAAUUUGGACUGCAUUGGAAAGAUACUUGUUCUAGCAUAUCUUUCCUGAAGAUGUCUAAUUUGGAUUUUGUUUUAUUCAAAUUUGCAUCCCAGAGUUUGAAGUUGGAGUUUGAAGUUGGAAAGUACUUUUGAAGGCAGAAUCGAUUGAGUUGUGAGGAUGAAAUCCCCACAUACUUCUUAAUAGACAUGAUAAAAUUCACCUGCUUGAGUUGGCAGGUGGGAGAACCAAACUGGAUCACUGGGUAGGACUACUCAGUAAAGCAAUGAACUGCUUGCUUAGAGAAGCAUCACUAUCCCCGUUAAGAAAAAAAGUGUGGCAAAAUGAUAUGGCUACACAUUGUCAAACGAAUGGGUUGAUUCGGUGUCCCCAAAUUCAAUUCUUUGGGGAAAAAUUACUGAGCCAGUUGUGGGUGUUGUGAUAAGCAACUGGCAGACUAAAAAUUCUUCGUCGUUGUUGUUAUCGUUGUUGUUGUUGUUGUUUCUCUUUUCCACUCGCACAGCCUUAUUCUUGUAAUUAAACUCUGAUUCAUUUUCUCUUUGGUGUUAGCAAACUCCAGCAACAGAAAUAGCAUCUGUGUAUUGAUAAUCAGCAUUUACCCUGGCAGGAGACUAAUCAGCUAGGCUGGUCUCAGACAUUAAUUCUACCAUCUGAUAUUUUUGGCGAAAGCAAAAGUAUUAAUUCCCUUUCCAUACUCCUCCUCACAAAUCUAGAAACCCUCUUUACCAAGAGCAUCACAUUUUACUCUGUAAUCUACUGAUUGAAAGAAAAUUGCAUUGUGGGGAGGGCAAAGGGAGGCUAUGGGUGGGAGGGUGGUGGAGGGUGGGGAAGCCCCUGAAAGCCAGAUGGCAGUUCUUGCCCCCUUUUGCUUCUGACCUGAGAUGUUAAAGAAUUAUUCAUAGUGCUCACUUUGGGUUAGGAGACAUUGAACUGCUUUUCAGAUCCAUGAUCAAUCAUCAUUCUUCUAAGAGAUUGGAGCUUUGCUGUUUCAUUAACUGUGCAGUGUAGACUAAUGGUGUUUAAUAAAAAUCAUUCAAAAUUUCAAACUCUUUUGCCAGUGACCUCAAUUUUGUUGGCUCUUUGAUUUGUAUCAGACUUUGAGGAGGGAAGGGGGAAGCAAAGGAAGCCUGUUUCCAGUAGCCAACUUCAGCCUGCCUGCCUGCCAGUGGUUGCUGGUAAGCAGCAGCAUGCAGACCAGCUGUAUGAAGCCUCCUGAAGAAUGCCCCAGUGGAUGCUUCCGGCUGGCUGGGAAUAGCUUGUUCCUACUGGGGGACUCGUUGUUCUCCAGUCUCUGCAGCAGGAAGCCAGCUGCCAUAUCCGGAGAGAAUUUCAGACACUUUACCUUUUCGUUGUGUCCUGCAUCACUCAUAGGUCUGCAAAAUAGAAAUGUCUCUGAGAAUAGAGCCCAGUGUGGUGACAACAGGUAGUCAAUUGCAUCCCAUAUACUCUGUGCCCUCCUAUGGGUCUGCAGCACCUAUGAAAUUGGGGCAAAAUGAGCCCCUGUACAGGAAACAAAAUGGAGAAACUCCAAAGAGGCUCGGUUGAUGCUUGUUGCCCAGACCAAGAACUAGCUUGUCCUUUGGUCAGCCUGGCAUGCAACCAGUGGUAGGCUGGUAAAAUGUUUAACAACUGGCUCAUUGAAAAUAGAAAGCACCUGACUUGUAGCAUUUGUCAACUUCCAAAUAAAAUACUCCCACCGUGGCUGAUUUCAAGCCAUCAGCUGUGACGUCACUAACCACAGGGCUGGAAAGAAAUAUACUGAGUUGUCUUUUGCAAGCUUGGGCCAACCAGCUCCAACACACUACUGGAUGCAGCCAAUCCAAGAAAGCUCAGAUUUCACUUAUCUGUUCAUGUGGAUACACACACAUACACUCCUCUACAAACACUUCAAUGGCUAAAACUAUUACAUCUUUCAAAAAUAUGAAUCAACCUUCUAUGAGUGUAGAUAGUUUAUGAUGAGGUCCUAGAAGUAUGGGCUUCACUGGUGGCCUGGUUUCAGGUAGGACAUAUCUGAAAAGAAUGAAGCCCUCUUGAGCUGAAAGAACAGAUGGAUCAGUGGUGACAGUUUUGUCAUCUCCUCAUCUCAUAACUAAAACAGAAGUGAGACAAGUGAUUAGAAAACCCUCAUGAUUGUUUUUUUUACAAAGGUUAGGUAUUUGUUCUUUUAUUAUUAUUAUCACUAUUUUUAUUUCAAGUGGUAUUUCUAACUUUUAAGUGUAACCUAAGUAUAGUAUUUACCACACCUCAACCCAAAAGUCAUUGUGCUGUUUUCUUGUAAUAUGGAAAUUCAGUAAUUCUCUCAUCUCUACAUUGUUGUUCAUAAAGUUUUUACUUUCAUUAAGGAAUCUAGGGGGUUUUUUGUCAACAUUUGCUUUUCAAUGUAUAUUACUGUCCUAGUUCUGAAUUCAAACCAGAAUAUCCUGCAUCAAUUACAUGACUAAUAUUCAGAAAUGAUCAUCCAAACCAAAAUAAUUAUCUUUUCCACCCAAUAUAAAAAAAAAAACAAAAGUCACUAACAAGAAGGCAUAAACUUCAGUAUAUUUUUCUAAGAGAAGGGGCUCUCAUUAGAUACACACACACAUUUUUAUAAGCCCCCUUCUUCAUAAAGCAUCUUGAGAGUAGAAUAUAAAGUCUCAAAGGAUCCAUUCUCUGGUCUUCUGCAGUUACUAAGAGGUUUGUACCUGGAAAGAUGGAAGAUUUUGCCCUAAAAUCUUAUUUUUUAAAAAACAUUUCCAUGUCUGUCUGGGCCUGUGUCCAUGGUUAAAUGUCAGCACUGGAGGAGAUUCAUGUCUUGCUCUUUCUUUCUGGUCUUUCUGUCUUUUACCUCUGCAGUUCUUUCUGUGGCUAGCACAAUAGCAGGGUCUGGGGGGUCUUUCCUUUCAUGAUAUUCUGACAUCUGUCCUUACUGGAGAAUGGUAACAUUUGGGUCUGGUUUAAUUGACAUUCCACUUACACAGGGACUCUGAGUCCCCCAGGCAAUGAACUGCUUUUCAUGGCUACGAAGAGUUAGAAAAGCAUUUAACAUCAUCUAGCGCAUACCCUAUUGCAAAACCAUCCCCACUGAUCAAUCAUAUUCACUCACAAAUAUUACAAAUGAGAUUGAACUUGUCUCAAGACAAUUUGUUGAGUACAUAGUUUUCUUCCUGGAUGAUUCUACUCUUUGGAUGUUUUAGAAAGAGAAAUGUCUAUGAUGUAAUCCCUCACAUUUAUUUGAAUUUACAAAUUGCGGGUUUUAUUCCUAUUUUCAUUGGAAUAGUGCUUCUGAAGAUUGUUGUAGUGUUGUUGUCUAUAAAAAUUAAUAUGUCAGUAGUGAGCCUCAUAGAAGUACCAUGCUCAGAAACAAUCCUUAAGAUCAGAAGAUACCUAAAAUUCUUCCCCUUUCACACUUGGUUAGAUGAGUGACAUAUUCUUUGGAUCCUUCAAAGAAGAGACUGGUUUAUUUUUUGUUCUGGUGGUGGUGGUGGUUGUAGUUGUGGCUGUGGUGGUGGUUGUUACUUGUCUCUAUUUUCUGACUCUGGCUUUUGCCUUCCUGCUAGUGUUCUUUCUCGCUCUGAACAAAUGAAUGGUUAAAUUAAAUGUGAGCUUCUGAAUUGUACUUGUUUAUGCUCUUAAAACAUAACAGAUUAAUAAAAAUAGAAGUGUUCUGAUUUAUAACAUGCCCCCUGGAAAGGCAUGCUGUAUUAUGAAACCAUGAUAAUAUAACUGCAUUAUUACAUGACAGUAUAAAUAUUAGUCUGUUGAAUUCAUUUGUCCAAUUGUAUAACUUUGUGGAGCAGUGUUUUGACCUUUGCUACAUAAUCUUGGAGCAAGUGGAGUGGUUGCAGGCAGAUGAGACAGUGUUUAUAUCAGGAUUUUUCAAUGAACUUUAGUUGGAGGCCUGACAAUUGCAAACAUCUUCAGAUGUUGCUGUCACCAUUAUAAAUACGAACAGCAAAUCUCUGUUCAAGAAAUUCCCCAGAGCACUUCAGUCAAGACGUUUUAGGGUCAUCUUCUCUUUUGCUUUCUCCUUUUCUUUUUCCAUUUUUUUUUUUGGAGAGAGGCUUGUUAUUAAUGACUGAAGAAACAUUCUGAUUACAAUGGUGUAUUUCUCUCUCUCCUCUCUCUCACUUCCUCUUCUCUCCCCCAUCCCUCCUACCUCCCUCCCUCAUUAAAAUAUUUAAACCUGGAGUCUUUGGUAAAUCUGCAUUGGCCCAGUCUAUAUGCCAGGAAUGAAAUCUAGGCAGAUAUUGAUGGGUUUAGAGCAAUUCACAUUCACUGAGCCCUUUCACACCCUGCACCAAUAAAUGACAAGAAGGACAGGGGUAGUUUUUGCAGAGGGGCCACUUUUCUAAUAUCUUCUGAGACUUAAUGCAGUUUAACAAACAACUCCACCUAAUUUUCCAAUAAGUAACUUGACUGAGACUUGCAAAAUACCCCUGAGAGUAGUCAGGGGUGUCUUCUGCCUGGUCUGUAGUGUGUGUGUUUGCUUUGUAUCUAAGAGGCACAUUCACGUCUUGUGUGCUCGCUUGAAGUGUUUUCUAACAUUCCCAUUUGUCUGUAUAUAAUAACCAGAAAGAUAAUUCUAAUAUGUUGUAAAUGAAGAUGUGACUCUAUAAUCGUUCUCUUGUUCUUGGGGAAAAAUGACAUUUUCAUGCAUAUUUUAAACAGAAACUUUGUAUAUUUAAGUGUCAUGGAAAAUAUUUAUUGAGUAACUGGUAUACAAAUGGAAAUUUACUUGUCAUCAUAUGCUUCGUGUGUGGGGGUGCUCACCAACACCAUGUCUCUGGACCAUUGUGGCAAGCCAUAACUGCACAAAGAGAACACAUCAUUACUGUGUGUGGGUGUGUGUGCGCGCACACGUGCACAUGCACACAUUCGUGUGCUUAUCCAUGCAUGUGCAACAUGUCUGGCUUGCUGUUCUUCAUGAGAUUUUAGCUUUCCCUUCUUGAAAAAACAUUGUUUUAAAGUUCUAGGAGGCCAUGGCUACAUUACUAUAUAAAGGCAGUGAUUUGAAAUGAAAACUCUCCCUCUCGGAAGCUUUUGUUAUAAUAUGAUGAUUUAAUUAAAUGGAUUCCACUGGCCUUUGUGAGGGAAGAGGGUCUGUUCAAAUCGAACAGAGUUUCCUAGAGAAAAGUGUAGAUCAAGAUGUAUGGGAAGGAAGAUGGAGGCCACUUCAGCUGCAAUAACAUGAGUUGAGUUGAGCCCUUGGGGUUGGAGUGGGCUUGCUCCAAGUUGCAGCUCAGAUCCUUAAGGCUGAUGUCUGGUCUGGGCUCCCUCCAAGAGUAGAGAGGAGCAGAACCAUCAAGAACAGCCUGGCCUGGCUCCUACCAAGAAAACCACUUGAGGUCCUACCUCUAGGGAAAGACCUUUUCCCAGGGGCACCUCAGGUGGCCAUUAAAAUGUGAUGAUCAUUCAGAAAGUGCCCCCUUGGCUUUAAUAUAAUCCAAUUAGUCUUUUUAACCAUUGUUUUUUGGGUGCAGAUUUUCAAUACUCAUACUCAUUCUAGAUCCACCAACUGUCUCUGUUCUUUAACAAGCAUGCUUGUCUCGUCAGAAUUUCAGUAAGUUCCAGUAUCCUGAAUAGACCAGGGUAAACUGUUCUAACAUCAAUCAAUGAAUGAGAUGUUAUCUGGUUUUUAAAAACUGAUUUCAUGUGCUUUCUGUGUAUAAAAACGUAUAUGCCUGUGUGGCUUUGCAUUUCAAAUGUGUGGCACACAAAGCGUUUUGUUGGUGCGUUGUUCUCAGUACAGUAACUCUGUGUAUAAACAUUUUAAUGUGGUUUUGUUGUUUUCCAACAAGAUGUCUCUGUAAAAAUGAUAUUGGCUGAGCUGGUGUGUUGGUUUUUCUCAUAGAGGCAUUAACUAUACUGCCAAUGCAUUGAAUUAUUUAAAAAUGCAAAAUAAAAUUUUUAUGAAAAUCUCA